GUACAAAGUUUGCAUCUGGCGAUAGAAACGAGACGGCCCAGCCCAAUACCGGAUCCAAGUUCAAUAUCUAGGGUUUAAAACAACCGUUUCAAUCAGUUCCUCCGACCGCCACUAGACAGCAACAUUUCAGUUUCGCCUGCUCUCGAAGUCAGUCGGGAAGGGGAUCAAAAUCGAAGGUAGAAAAAGGAAGACGAAGAAGAAGAACACCGAAGUAGUUUCGUCGGCGCGUCUCGUGCGCCAGGAAUCGUUGCAGCCUUCAUUACAAGUCUACAGGUAUCUCUGAAUUUACGAAGGCUUCGCUGUAAUAAGCUGCUUGGCCAAAACAUGUUCGAGGCCCUAGCUCGUCGGUUCGCUGCUGAAAUAGAACUCUCGGAUGAGCUAUUGUACUCCGAAUACCAGAUCGAUGCUCUGUUUUCAUUUUUGCCAGUGUGGGAAAGCUUUCUAUGAAGCGAUCUAUUGCUGGGUAUCUUGUGGGCUAACAUGAAUCUUGGUAAUCUAAUGGCUAGGUGGUCUUAUGAGGAGGUACAGCCCGCAGUACUAUAGCCCUCCAAGGAGGGCAUAUGGAGGUCGACCGAGGAGUCCACCUAGGAGAGGUUAUGGUGGUGGAGGAGGAGGAGGCGGUGGAGGUGGAGGCUAUGGUAGGCGAAAGGACAACCAAGGCAGCCUCUUGGUCCGUAACAUUCCUCUUGAUUGCGGCCAAGAAGAGCUUAAGGCUGCAUUUCAGCGUUUUGGGGCUCUAAGGGAUGUUUACAUCCCAAAGGACUUUCACACAGGGGAACCUCGAGGCUUUGCAUUUGUGCAAUUUGUGGAUUCAUAUGAUUCCCUUGAAGCUCAGCGUCGCAUGAAUGGACAAAUAUUUGCUGGCAGGGAGAUUACUGUUGUGGUUGCAGCAGAGUCCAGGAAAAGGCCGGAGGAUAUGCGACAUAGAACUCGGACUAGGGGAGGGGGCCGCGGGGAGAGAUCAUCUUAUUAUGGGCGCUCUCGAUCUCGUUCGCUGUCUCGGUCACGCUCUCCUCGCCAUCACGGAUCAAGAUCUAGAUACCGUUCAAGGUCCUACUCUCCCCCUGCUCCAAGAAACCGUAGAGACUACUCGCCUUCCCCAGGCAGGAGGCACCCUAAUCCUCCAGUUCGCUCUCCAUCUCCCAGAGGUCCUCCUCCUCCUGAACGAGAUGGUGGCCGCGACCGGCUAUCAUAUUCCCCUCAGGGUUAUGGCAACCCUGACAAUCUAGACAAUAAGGGAAACGGCUAUACAGAGAAACAUGUUCAUGGGUUGGAGGACGAAAGAGCUUGGAGGAGGCCAGCAGCUUCACCUGGAAGAAGGCCUCCCGUCGCGGCCAUUUCGAGAUCCCCAUCAGGCUCUAGAUCAAGGUCUCCCAACCCGUCUCCUGGCCGCCGCCACGGCAGAUGAUUGAUGAUCUAAUCUGGCACCAUCCAUCAUCAUCAUCAUCUAAAAUCACUGUUCUUGCAUUGUAUGAAAAAAAGGAAUCGAGUAGAAACGGCUGUUGGAUGGUUUUCGUUGUUUGACGUGGUGGAUUGUUCUCUCUGUCGCACUCAUGAACUCUCUGUUUCUGUCUCUCUGGCAAUUCAAUAGGUUCAUGGCUUUUAUUUUUUAUUAUUCCGAUUACAAAUUAGCCACGCCGUUGGAACCACGCUAUCCAACGACGUGUUGUUUCUUUGUCCUACAUAAGAAUGUUUACAUUGAUGUUAGGAAAUGCUAAGAGUGACAGGUGGCCGUUGAUUCCUGCGUUUGACAAGCGUUGUUUCCAGUGGCGCUUCGUCGAUCUCUUCUCCACGGUAAGCCCUGGCGGCCAUCCGUGUGAACGAGGAGGUAUCGUGACGUGGAAGUCUGUUGUCACCGGCGGCGGCAGGGGAUGGAAACUGGGAGAAAGGGACAAACUGCUGACUUGCCCAGCAAGUUAACUUGGUAAUCUUGUGAAAUCAAAUAAUAAUAAUAAUAAUAACUACCGUGACGUGAU